AUGGCAAGCAAUGGGUAUACUACCUUCCAAUUUCCUCGUCUUACAAAUGAGAAUUAUGAAAAAUGGUGUCUUUGCAUGAAAGCGUUAUUAGGCUUUCAAGGUGCGUGGGAUAUUGUACAAAAAGGCUAUGAAGAGCCUCAAGAUGAAGAAAGCUUAUCUCAAGAAGAGAUGGAGAAUUUGUUGAAGACAAGGAAGAAGGAUCAACAAGCCCUUACUCUCAUCCAUCAAUGUUUGGAUGAUCAUAUGUUCGAGAAAGUUGUCUAUGCUACUACGUCGAAGGAAGCUUGGGAGAUCUUGGAAAAAUCCCUCCAAGGCGUCGAUAAAGUGAAGAAGAUAAGGCUUCAAUCACUAAGGAGUGACUUUGAAGCUUUGAAGAUGAAGGAAUCCGAAUCAAUAUCGGAUUAUUGCUCAAGAGUAAAGGCAAUUGUCAAUCAAUUGAAGAGAUAUGGAGAUAAAAUAGAAGAUGUUCGUGUGAUGGAAAAGAUCCUUCGUUCCUUGACUCCAAAGUUCGAUUAUGUGGUAUGUGUGAUUGAGGAAUCUAAAGAUCUUGACUCCAUGAGUCUUGAAGAGUUGGAAGGUUCUCUACAAGCUCAUGAAGAAAGAAUGAAGAGGAGACACGAAGAGCCAUUGGAGCAAGCCCUUAAAGCUCAAGCUUCUUUGAAGAAUAAUGGAGGAUUUAGGAGUCAACGAGGACGUGGACGAGGAAGAGGUCAUGGUCGUUGA